GUCAACGCUGUCAUUUUCUCUGAAUCGUUGUUGCAUGUUAGACGGCUGACUGGCAUUGUUGGGAGUCGAAUAAGAGUCAACAAAAGCAAAAAUCAAACACAAUUUUGCAAAUAGUGAAGCGCUGCCUCAGUCAGUGGCUGUCAAAUCUUCAGCGAUUCGUAUAGAGAAAAAUAAAUAACAAAGUCUACACUAAAAAAUUGAAAAGAAACGGUGUGUAAAGUCAGACACAAAACAAAAUUGCCAGCUGCGUGAAGGAUGGAUGGCUGGUAAUAAAGGGAAAAUAAUAUAAAGAUUUGAAGUUUAAAGUUCAAAUGUUAUUCAAACUAUUCGAUUUAAAAUUUAAAGUGAAGUGCGGGUUUGCGAAAAAUUAUAUAAGUACGUGCAAAUACAUAUUUUUGGGCGAAUACAUAAAUUGCGCGAACACACGGUCUGCCAGCGGAGUAGGAGAAGAGCCGCUCGUUCUCAAAAGACUGCCUGGAAUGUCCAUAUUGUAUAUUUCCAAAUUGUUAUGCUAUAAUUGGUGAAACGAAAGUCUCAACAGCACUGGCUGUAACAAAACUGUAUUUUGUCUAUCCAUUUGUUUUAUUGCACAAAAAUAUCGAUUAUACGUAAAGCCAUUUUCAGCUCUAGAAAUUUGUGCAAAAGUGAAAAUAUUCCAAAAUUACGCGCGGUGAAAGGAAGUAUGUACAGCCGUAUGCUAACAACAAAUCAGUUAUAACGCAAAGGCAAUUCACGUCAAUGGAUGUACAUACAUUCAUUUGUAUAUAGUUAGUAUUUUGUCCACACCUCGCACAGGCUCUUGUAACGUUGAGCCUUUUCAAAUUAAUUUGUAACCUUUAUUAAUCGUCUUAACUCUAACUAAGUUAUUUACAAAUUUCAAACACUCUAGACUUAAUUGGCAUUGCAAGUGUUUUGCAAUUUGUGCAUUGAAAGCUGAAAGUGCAAGUGAAAAUAUUAGCGAAUAUAGAAAUAAAAUGGCUACAGCGGCAGAGUGCAGCGAACUGGAUCCGCGUAUUAAGAUCGAGCUGGAGAAUCUCAAUAGUGCAACAGAUGACAUUAACAAACUCGAAAUUGAAUUAGAGGAAGCAAAUUCCACAUUCCGCAUACUGUUAAAUGAGUCGACACGCCGUCUGAAAUUAUCAUCAAAAAAAUUGGGCAGCUGCAUUGAGAAGGCUCGCCCCUACUAUGAAGCGUUGGAGAAAGCGCGAGAGGCACAAAUUGAGUGCCAGAAAGCAGCGGUGAAAUUUCAACGCGCCAAUGAAAUUCACACCGCUGCGAAGGAAACUGUAGCCUUAGCGGAGCAACGCUUUAUGUCCAAUUCACAUGAGUGGCAAUUCGACAAUGCCUGGCAGGAAAUGUUGAAUCACGCCACACAGAAGGUAAUGGAUGCGGAAAAGCAAAAAGCUGAUUGCCAUGCGGAACAUCAACGGCGUACCAAGAUCUUCAAUGCAGCUGAGCAGAAGGUUCAACAACUGGAGGAGCGCUUUCGUCGCAGCAUUACUAAAUCGCGUCCGUACUUCGAGGAGAAGCAAAUAUGCCAAGAUCAGCUGCAAACUCAAAAGAAUCGCAUACAAGAACUGCAGCAACAGGUACAAUCGGCAAAGACCACCUACUCUACAGCGCUACGCAACCUGGAACGCAUUAGCGACGAUAUACAUCGUCAACGUGGCGAUUUUCCACAAAUGGGCGCACCACCGCCAGGGCCGCGUGAACCUGGUGUGGGUGCUGAAUUGAAUUCGCCUACAACGACCACGCUGCCGUCGCUGCCCGACUUCCAGCUAGAACUGGAGAAAUGCGAUUAUCCCUCAAUUGCAGGCAGUCAGAUUUCGCUGAGUGGCAACUCGCAUCGCUCCAGCGAUCUAGCAAGCAUUAGCACGCAACCUGCCUCCAUUAGUCACAGCGUUGGCGAUGAAUCCGAAACGGAGGAGUGUGAGGCCGAUUAUGCGGAUAGUGUCGAGUUGAAUGGCGUUGUGGACGAACGUGAUCUCGAAGAGCUACGCCAGAAAGUGAAAAUACUCGCAGUGCGUCCCAUUGAGGGUGGCGAUGGUCAGCAACAGCGCAAUGAUACGUGGGAGCAUGAGUUGACCGCCACUGUCAAUAAGUUGGAUCAAUUGAUGUUGAUGAAUGAAUGUGCGCUAAAACAGCAGAAGCAGCUUAAGAUUAAACAUCUCCAACAGCAGCAGCACCACCAACAACAACAACAACGACAAGUAGCUGGCGCUGGUGUACGCCCCGAUUCAUUGGGCGCCGAGGCACCAGCACAAAUGCAUGAUGUCGUACAUGCCAAACCGGCGGUAGUGGUUGAGGAAGCCGACGAAGAUGAUGUUGAUGUGGUUGUGGUGACGGGCAAGCGAGGACCGCUUGUGCAAAUCACACACGCCAAACCGCCACUGCAGCAGCAAAGCGAUGUCGGCGUGGUCAGUUACCCAGCCACACCCGAACAUGCUGUGCAGCCGGUGAAAAAGUUGCAACAAAAAUUGGGACCAUUGCCAACGGUAAACGUUUCGAUGCGCGAGUUGCCGCUGCUGGCGCGCCUAUCCAACGAAAUCCUCGAUCGGGCCACCGGCUACAACAAAGGCCGCCAACUGCGGCGACGUUCGCUGGACUAAACGUGCGUGCACCAGUUGCAGUGGCCAGCUGAAGCGGGUAAUUUUAAGCGAGCACUAAUUAGCCAUAAGCGGGGAACGUAGUAAUAGCGGGACAGCGUCUGCUGUAUGUGUGUAUAUGAUUUACUUGAACGCAGAGAAAAGCAUUGCUUGGAGUACGUUACUACUACAUACACAUACUUAUAAGCGUAUACCUAUAUUUGUGAAAUAUUUAUUUUUGUGCAAAAAAAUAAGAAUUAAAAAAAAGUUGCAAUGGAUACAUUCGCAGUUAAAAUUGUUUACCAUGUAAAAGUGAAAAUCAGGGCAAAAUCAAAUGUAAUAUUUAUUUGAGAUAUUGUAAAAGUAAAUAAAGAUAUAAUUAAUUGUAUUUCUAAUUGUUUAUGUAGGUACACAAAUCAUUUAAAAUAAACUAAAAGUGCAAAUUUCCAAUUAUAAAUGAAGAAAUAUAAGUGAAAUAAAUUUAAAAAAUAUGCUUAAAAGAAAUUAUAAUAAAUAAUUGAAAAUAAAAUGUACGUUAAAAAAAAUUCAGCCAAUAGUUCCAUUGCACAUAAUGUAACUGAAUAGGUUUACUAGAAAAAUGGCAUGCCAUUUGGCUCUAUGGUACUUGAUUGAGAUGCCCCGACUGUUACAUCGACAAGAAUUUAUGGGAUAUUUUUUAUCUACUCCAAUAACUGCAGCAGCAGCAAGAUGGUUAAUUAAAUGCUAAUGAACAGUUGGAAGAGUAGUAGCAAGCUUAAAACGUUGAACGUGACCACUGGGGACCGGCGCUGUUCUUUCCCGGUGACCGGCUUUGGUCCCUGGGUAUCGUCGUGGGAUCCACAGCAUUAAAGUUAAAAGAUAAAUGUAAUCUGAAUGAAUGUAGUCCAAUAUACUUUUAAUGAACUUUAUUGAAGCAUUCUAAGCAAAAGUGUGGCUGGAAUUUGCACAUGUAACAAAAUCCAACAACUUUUUUUGUUAAAUUCGUGGCUUUUUUAAACCCAAAUAAUCUUGAAUUUUCAUCAUAACAGCUAGAACGACUUUAUGGACGUCUGCUUCCUGUAAUUUUUCUGUAAUUUAUGAACAAUUUUUUCUUCCCGAAGUGGAAUUUGAUCAUCUACUCGCUGUGUCAGUCCAUUUGCCAAUUGUCUUCGAAAUUCCGUGACUGAUAUUUUUUCUCCGGUUACUUUUUGAAAGAGGAACAGUUAAUUGAUCGCUGAUAAUAUUGCAUUAUCGCAUGCUUAGAGAACGACCGCUUUCUACCGGACGAGGGAAAAGAUCAGAAAUAUCGACGCCACGCUCAAUGGGUUAAGGAAUAACAUCGUCAAUUUCAUUGGGAACUUUUUCUUUUGCUUUCCGAAAAGCGGACAGAACUCUGUGUUGGAUGUUAUAACAGAUAAAUGUCCGCUUAUUCAGAAUGAGCGCUACAUUGGGAAAUAUCCUCAAACGAUCAAGUCCUUAGACCAAGUGACCUAACUUGAGUUCAAAUGAGUCUCAAAACAGCACGCGUGCUAGACCUACACUUAGAUUACCCCGAGGGUUCAACCAACUAUCACCACAAAAAAAAUGCAGUUUUCGCUUCUGGCUCUACGCGCAUUAUAUCUGGCCAAGUGCUGUUGCAGGGAUAAGGGGAGUGUAAGGAGUGGAGUAGCGAACUAGGAACUAUCACUCUUCUGGCAUAACGCUUUGCACACAGUUUUUAACGAAUAUUCCUGGAGUAGCGUGACGUUUCGGUAGCUUAGACCCGCCUAUAGUUUGAGAGAGAUGAUUUGAGAGUAAGAGUCGCCAGUGUAAAUGGGAUUUAAGGUUAGAAUGGCACUGCGUAAGUGAAAGGCUCAAUGUCUUGAAUAAAAGCGAAACUAUUUAAACUCUACAUCACUAAUGUUAGGUAUAAACUAUUUGUGAAAUAAAAAAAAUAAUACAUUUGCUUUAAAUAAUGUCAUUAUCUAGGAAUAUUAAAUGAAGAAAAUUUUGAAAAAAAAAUUAAAAAAAAAAAAAUUAAACAACUAAAUGUUUGGAAAAAAUAUACAUGUAAACUGUUUCAAUGCACCUUUGUAUGUAUUGAGAAGAGAAAAAACACAUUUAAAUAAAUUGUGUGUUAAACUAAUGAAUCAUAUCAAGCGAGUCAGUAUUUUGCUUUUCACUCGGAUUUACGUGUCUACGGUUUUUAAUAAAAAAAAUCAUAUUUGUAUAGAUUCAUAAGUUUUUUUCUAUAAACGGUCCCCGUCGGUAGACAUGGAUGACCUCCAAGCGCAGUAUUGCCAGUGUUGUUGUUUUUUUACAAAAGAUAAUCCCUACGGAGGGCGCACAAAUUUGAAGGAACCUUCAUUUGUGAAAAAAUUAAUACAUGCACACUUAUAUGUAUAUAUAUGUGAAGGUUAUAUGAGUUACACUAUUAUUGUUGUUAAUAAAAUAAUGUAUCGGGUGUUUUUUUUAGCUGCAUGAGAACCAACAUCGAUAUCGAUAUCAACUAUGAUAUGACAGCUGAGAAUGGCAAACUGUGGCGAAAUUUCUGUUCAGUAAGGUUUGGCAAGUCACCAGAAGAGCGCUUACAAAUUAUGGAAAUUUUCUUUGAAAAAAAAAAAAAUAAUAAUAUGGUAAUAAAAAUUGUGCGAAGUUCAUAAGGCAGAGGUGACAAAAUACGUUCUUAUUUCUUUAGAAAUGAGGAAGAAGCUACCAUUACGGUGAAUGGCGAGCGUUAGGGAGCCACGUUGACUAUUUUUUCCUCAAAAAUUAAUCAGCUAAAUAUCGACGACAUUUGGUCCCAACAAAAUGGCGCAGUUUGCCAUACAGCGCGCUUAACAAUCGAUUUAUUGCAAUAUUCAAGCCACCAUUGACGCCAUACGGUCAUCUGUAUUGGAAAAAGUAGUCAAAAAUUGGACUGAUCGAACGGACCCUGUACAUGAACAUAUGACGGAUAUAAUAUUCAACAAAUAAAUGCCAUGAAAUUAUCUACCACAUUAAUAAUAAAAAAAAAAAAAUCAUUUCAACAUUAUUUCUAUUUUGUAUUAUCAUUUUAAGUUCUCAAGCACUUAAAAAACACCCGACAUAUUGAAAAAAUAAAUAUAAAUAAAAAUCACCUAAGCUUUCUUUCUGUAAUUUUUAUUGCUAUUUGGUAAAUUCAGUUCAAAUUUGUGUAGAUUUUCUUCUGCAAUCUUCAAACAUAUGAAGCAGAAUUUAAUGCAAACGAGCACUAAGAUAAUAAUAAUUUAUCCUGAAGAAUCACUUUAAUAUUUCGAAAAAAAUUACCAGGAAUAUCAGUAUAAUAAAACAAUAAAAUAAAAAAAAUUAUAAGCUCGUUCUUAAGAAUCAAAUUUUUUUUCUUUUGAGUUUACUUAUACACCAUAAAAAUUAAUGAUAUAAACUAACAACAAAUCGUGUGAUAAUUUGUAUUAAAAUAAAAAUGUAAAUGGAUAAUGGCAAGCUUUUUGUCUGAACCACUAAACAUUAUAAUAAUAGCUAUGAAUGGAUUUUAAUAAUUUGUAAAUAAAAUAGUAAAAAAAACGAUUUAGAUUUCAAAAAAAGAAAA